UUUCCAAUUUCUUUUCGUACUCUAAUUCUUCUUCCUGAGACGUUUGGUUACCGAGAAAAUAGAAAAAUAUUAGGUUUUCUAGCAUAUGGCUUAUACUUAUAAAAAAAAACUUCUGUUUGAGAUUUUCGUAGGGUGUAUUAGUUUCAGUUAAACCACGAAAGAGGAUUGUUCUGGGAACGUACCGGACUUUCAUAUCUCAGGUCACUGCACACUUUUGAGGCUUUCUUCCUUUUGCUGCUAUGAAUUCAUGGCAUGCUAUCAGCCUUCGCUUGUGCACAUUCAUUCCUUGUGGAGGAGCUUUGCAUGCUUAGGAAGAAACUUGUCAAGGGCUCCAAACAAUGGAUAUUGUUUGUGCAAUCUAAAGAAACCAUAUCUGAUUUUUCCUUCACACAAACUAUCCAGAAAGGGCUAUUGUAAUUUAUCCAAUAAUGUGAAGUCAUCUUUACCUGGUGUUAUUCAUGCAACUUCUCUCAGUAACGUGGUCACUCCUUCCGAAAGUGAACAAAUACUUUGCCAAGAUGCACUGCUUUAUCCAGCCAAGAGUGAAGAAAGGGCACUGAAUACUAAUCCUUCAGAUGGUAGAGUAAUGCUCAUUGAUGGCACAUCAAUCAUCUAUAGGUCUUACUACAAGCUUUUAGCAAAAGUGCACCAUGGCCAUAUGUCACAUGCUGAUGGAAAUGGAGAUUGGGUUUUAACUAUAUUUACAGCUCUAUCUCUCAUAAUUGAUGUUCUGGAAUUCAUCCCUACCCAUGUGGCGGUGGUAUUUGAUCAUGAUGGAAUUCCAUUUGGUCAUACCUAUAAUUCAUCCAAAGAAAGUGUUAAGGCGAAAGGUCUGAACUUUCGCCAUACUUUAUAUCCCGCUUACAAGAGCAACCGCCCUCCUACACCUGAUACUAUUGUUCAGGGACUUCAAUACUUGAAAGCAUCCAUCAAGGCUAUGUCCAUUAAGGUCAUUGAGGUACCAGGUGUAGAAGCUGAUGAUGUGAUUGGAACGUUGGCGGCAAGGAGUGUUGAUGCUGGGUACAAGGUACGAGUCGUGUCCCCGGACAAAGACUUUUUUCAGAUCCUAUCUCCCUCAUUACGUCUUCUACGAAUUGCUCCCCGUGGCUUUGAGAUGGUCUCAUUUGGAAUGGAGGAUUUUGCUGAAAAAUAUGGAACUCUGAAACCUUUUCAAUUUGUUGAUGUGAUUUCACUUGUGGGGGACAAGUCUGACAACAUUCCAGGAGUUGAAGGAAUUGGAAAUGUUCAUGCAGUGCAUUUGAUCACUAAAUAUGGUACAUUAGAAAAUUUGUUGCAAUGUGUUGAUCAAGUUGAACAGGAACGUAUCAGAAAGGCCUUGAUUACAAAUGCUGAGCAGGCUAUCUUAAGCAAGAACUUGGCUCUGCUACGUUCUGAUCUUCCAUUUUACAUGGUACCAUUUGCUACCAGAGAUCUCACAUUUAACAAACCAGAGGAUAAUGGGGAGAAAUUUAUCAGCCUCUUAAAUGCCAUCAGUGCUUAUGCUGAAGGAUUUUCUGCCAAUCCAAUCAUCAGUAGAGCACUUCGCUUGUGGAAGAAGCUUGACACACAAUGUUAAGUUGGUUGUGCAAUUGGGCUUGGCGGGCACAGCCUGUUUGCAAUAGAUUUGCCAGCAAAAGAUGUAUGACAAGCUUCUCUUUGUACAGUAAACUCCGCAAAAUUGGCUCAUCUUAAAACUGAGUAUAUAAGCAGAGUAGUGACGAUUCUUUUGCUUUAAUCUCUAAUUUUUGUACCUAUUAGGGUUUCCACACAUGGUUCAAAAUUUUUUGGGUUCUUAAUUACUUCUUUUCCUUUUGCUUUUUGUGUUUCUUUCUUUGGGGUUCCCGAUUCCUAGAAGGAACAUCAAAGCAAUACAUACGAGAUUCAUCUCC